UUCAGACGUGACUUUGACCGUGGUUUCCUCGAACCCGUCCGCUUUUCCUUGAUUUGUGACUUUAGGGAUUUUUCUCAGAUCGACCUCAAUACUAUAUAAACUUUUGAAAAUAUCAGAUAUUACAAACAAGACCUAAGAGAGGACCAGGGGUUGACUAACUUCUUCCACUCAAGAUGAUACUUGGUUUACAGACUCUUCUGCUUUUCCUGCUGCAAACUCCUGGAGGUAGUAGCCAGCAUUCCGAAGCCGGUUACUGGUUUCUCCAGCCCAACGUACUGGUUGUGAACACAGACCUGAACAUCCACACACAGAUGCAAAUCCCCUUAAGUUGUGGGGAGGCUUAUGAGGGUCAGGAGGUCUUCUGGAGGAAUGAGGGCCAGGAGAUUGACCAACAGGGCAACCACAUCCAGGUCACUGUGGAAGAGUUGACUGGAGGGAACUACUCCUGCCAUGACAGCAACGGGAGUUUUCUCAACCAUACCCUGGUGCUGGUGCAACUGUUGAAUGGCAAGAGCCAGGCAAGGAAAAUCCUGGACAAGGUGGAGAACACAGAUUAUAUCCAGUGCACAUCAAGGAACUAUAGCGGGAUUUUCCACUGUUCUUGGAAGUGGAGCGAGGGCCGUAGGGGAGACUUGUUCUUCGCCGCCGUUACGCGCUCUUCGGGACAGAGCAAUAUCUCCUGCGCUGCGGAUGCCGAUCGGUCCGGAAUGAUCUGCCUGGACCGGACACACUGCCCGUAUACAGAGGAGCUGCAUCCCAUCGAUCUGACUAUUUACGUGAAAUACUGGUACCGUGUGGAGAAGUACACCAAGCAGUUCUACAUUGCUGGCAUAGUGAAACCAGACCGGGUCCGACUCAGAAAAGCCCAUGGAAACACCUUCGAGUGGGAGUACCCUAGUACCUGGAACAUCCCAGACUCCUUCUUCCCCCUCCACUUUGAGGUCAAAGUGGCCCCGCUCAACAAGGAUUGCGAUGCUGAAGGAGAGCAGAGCCGAGUGCAGGUGAUCUUCACAGAGAAACGGACGUUCUCCGUCAGCAGAAGGAAGAAUUUCCUUUUCUGUGUGCGAUCCCAGGAUACGUUAACGAAGUCCGGCUGGAGCGAAUGGGAGCAGCGGAAGUGAAUGUUUUAAUUGAUAAUGCUUAAUAUUUGCAUAAAUUACCUUGAUUGCUGGUAGAAUAAAAAUCAAAAGUUUAACAGCGUUUUUUU